UGGUUCCUCUAAACUCCAAAUGUGAACACUUGCUUGAUUAUGGAUUGGAAAAUAAGGCAUUUCUGAUGAACAUGGUCCAUUUGUCGGUGGUUGCCUCUGCUGCUCAUCAUAAUUGUUUUUGGAACCUGAUCCCUUGCUUUUAGCAUCUUCUUCACAAAUCUGCAUAACAUUUUUUUUUUUGUGUACAAUGCUUGCAAUGAUCUAUGUAUCUCUGAAAAUCUGGUCUUUAAUUAAGUUGAAUGGAGUCAAGUGAUUCAUGUAUGUAGCCAAUGAGAGUUAUUCUAAUAUGAUCUGCUGAUUCUGUCACUUCCUUCUCUCCUAACUGUUUUGUUUGUUUAAUAUUUCUGGCAUUGUCCGUAAGGUGAAUGAUGUUAUGUUUGUAUGACUUCACUGGAGGAAUCAGCAAGUUGUAUUAGUUAACAUUUGGUGGUAUUCUUGUUUUGAAUGUGAAAUUUUUUACCCAUCUUCAUCCCUUUUGAAUGUCCUUUGUCACAGUAAAUGUUUCAAUCUAGCUCCAAAGGAAAAAAGUAGUUUUUCAGUAUUUGAAGGUUAACUUUUCGAGUAUGCAAUCACCAGGUUUGGUGGCAAAAACUAGACAUCAACACUCAUGAUUCACAACAUCAUUUUAAAUUAGGAGAUUUCAGCCUACUUUUAGCGACAAUGCCUUUUCUUUAUGAAGUACAAAAAGCUGAACCAAGCAAGGAUGAAGAACAGCUAAGAUCAGGACUUGAAACUAUCACUUGCCUCCACUCCACACCAAACAAGAAGCAAUGAAGUUCCAAUUCCGUGCUGUUUCAUUUGUUCUGCUAAGCUUCAUAGUGUCUCUCUUUGGCCUGAUUGUAGCUGACUUGAACUCCGACAGACAAGCUCUGCUUGAGUUCUUCUCAAAUGUUCCACACGCCCCAAGAUUAAAUUGGAGUGAGUCCACUCCAAUUUGUACUUCUUGGGCUGGUGUGACUUGCAACCAAAAUGAAACUAGUGUCAUUAGCAUCCGUCUUCCAGGGGCAGGUUUCCAGGGCUCCAUUCCAGAGAAUAGCCUGGGUAAACUAGAUUCUCUUAAAAUUCUGAGCCUUCAUUCCAAUGGCCUCAGAGGAAACCUUCCUUCUGACAUUCUCUCUAUUCCUUCACUCCAAUAUGUAAACCUGCAGCAAAAUAACUUCUCAGGUCUAAUCCCUUCUUCCCUCUCCCCUAAACUCAUAGCAUUAGACAUUUCCUCUAAUAAUUUCUCGGGAAGUAUCCCACCUAUCUUUCAGAAUCUCAGUAGACUAACCUGGUUGUAUCUCCAAAACAAUUCCCUCUCUGGGGCUAUUCCUGACUUCAACUUUACAAGUCUCAAGUAUUUGAAUUUGAGCUAUAACAACUUGAAUGGCUCAAUUCCAAAGUCCAUCAACAAGUAUCCGUACACUUCUUUUGCUGGGAACUCUCACUUGUGUGGACCACCUCUCAAUAACUGCUCUGCAGUCUCCACUCCAUCUUCAUUUUCUUCCUCCAUUUCUCCUUCACCUGUUCAUCAACCACUCUCUCCAGAAGCAGCUCCCCAAAAUAGAAGUGCUACCACUUCAAAGAGUUACUUUGGCCUAGCUUCUAUACUUGCUCUGACAAUUGGGGGCUGUGCUUUCCUCUCUCUCCUAGUUUUGGUGAUGUUUGUAUGCUGUUUAAAGAAGAACAAAAGUCAAAGCAGUGGCAUACUUACAGGAAAGGCACCGUGUUCUGGAAAGAUUGAGGUUUCAAAGAGUUUCGGGAGUGGGGUGCAAGAGGUUGAAAAAAACAGGCUGUUUUUCUUUGAAGGUUGCUCUUACAGCUUUGACCUUGAAGAUUUGUUAAAGGCUUCAGCUGAAGUUCUUGGAAAGGGGAGCUAUGGAACAACAUAUAGGGCUGUUUUGGAGGAUGGAACAGCAGUGGUAGUUAAAAGGUUGAGGGAAGUUCUAGUUGGAAAGAAGGAGUUUGAGCAGCAGAUGGAGGUUGUAGGAAGAAUUGGUCGGCACCCUAAUGUUUUGCCCCUUCGAGCCUUUUACUUCUCCAAAGAUGAGAAACUUCUAGUAUAUGACUACAUGCCUGGAGGCAGCUUGUUUUCCUUGUUGCAUGGGAACAGAGGAAUGGGAAGAGCUCCAUUAGACUGGGAUUCAAGAAUGAAGAUUGUACUUGGAGUUGCAAAGGGGAUUGCUUCCAUUCACACUGAGCACAUGGAUUUAAAACUUACUCAUGGCAACAUCAAGUCCUCCAAUGUGCUCAUAACCCAAGAACAUGAUGGCUGCAUCACUGAUGUAGGACUCACUCCUAUGAUGACCACUCAAUCAACCAUGUCAAAAGCCAAUGGCUACCGUGCUCCCGAAAUAACCGAGUACAGGAGAAUCACUCAGAAGUCUGAUGUUUACAGCUUUGGAGUGCUCCUUCUUGAAAUGCUCACUGGAAAGGCUCCAAUAGGAUAUCCUGGAUAUGAGGACAUGGUUGAUCUUCCAAGAUGGGUGAGGUCUGUGGUUAGAGAGGAAUGGACUGCUGAAGUUUUUGAUGAGGAGCUGCUUAGAGGGCAGUAUUUUGAAGAGGAAAUGGUGCAGAUGCUUCAGAUUGCACUGGCAUGUGUGGCUAAGGUAGCAGAUAAUAGGCCAACAAUGGAUGAAACUGUUAGGAACAUAGAGGAAAUUAGGCUUCCUGAAUUGAAUAACCAUAACACAUCAUCUGAGUCUGACUCUAAUCUACAAACUCCAUGAUUAUUUUGUAUACGUAUGUUUGCCCUGCCAUGGAUUUCUUAUUUUCUAUACCACACAAGGAAUAACCUUGUUGUGUCUUUAGAGUAUUCAAGUUAUGAUAACUGUAUUGUAUCAUGGUAUGUUCAGAUGACGUAGUAGUUUCUUAUUCCACAAAUGCAGUGAGAAACGUUGUAUCAAGUUAGUGACACUGAAGAAGUAAAAGUUUUCAAACCUUGCAGUUCA